AUGUUGCGCCUGUCAUGCCACCCUGCACGCCCACCAGUACGUCCGGGUCCGCAACGGCGAGGAGAAGCUGGUGGACGUGUGGGACACCAAGCGGUGCGUCAACCCGGCCUGCAAGGUCAACGUUGUCAACCGCGACGUCAAUGGGGCGGUGAACAUGCUCAUGCUGGUCAAGCGCUUUUUCGCCCGGGAGGCCCGUCCCACGGUCUUUGGCGGGCCCCCUUGUUCGCCGCCCCCCAACCCCCGGCCUCCCUCAACACACACACUGGUUCGCCGUCAGAGGCAACCAACUGCGCCAGCCUGAUCCUCGCGGACGUAGCUGUGCAACCGGCGCAAGCCCGGUAG